AAUUAUCUAGGGAUAAACCAAAACGGUUGUUUGUUAUUUAAAAAAAAACGUUUAGAUUCAGUUUCUAGUUCAUUACUCCAUAAUGUCAGAGAAGAAUUCGAAAGGGAAGAAGCGAAAAUGGGAACCAGUAGAAUUGGACGAUCCUUCGUUCUUUGCGGGCGAAAUGGAUGGAUUUAUGUCCCUUGAAGUCAUGGAAGAUUAUCAUCCAGAAGAGCUAGCAGGAAUUGGUGCAGGUGGACCAGCUCAGAAGAAGAAAAUAAAAGAAUGGCCGCUGUAGGAGUGUCGCUGAUGGACAAAGUUGGGCUGCAGAAGAACAGUUGUAAAAUUAUCGAUGUCACCAACAAGAGAGGAACCAUAGAAACCCUGACAGAAGCAAAGAUCUCAUGUGCAAUUGAAGAGGACCUUUAUCUCCACUAUUUCCUUUCCCGGUACCCAGACUGUACUUUGGUUUUCUCCAACACCAUGGACUGUGUGAGGAGACUGGGCUCUUUGUUUAGGCUCUUGGACUUUAACCCGUGGGUGUUGACAUGGAGAUUUCGUCAAACAAUCAAGAGCUUCUUUAGUUGGUGAUCAGCUCCCCUAUUCUCGUGACUUGAAAGAGAACCUGCAGUUUUAAAGAAAAUACUGCUAAAAAGGCUCUAAAUAUAUCAACUCAAGAUGUUUGGUACUUAAAAUCAUACCUCUAACCUUGUUAAUUUUUUUCGGCCUUCAAAACUGGCCUUCACGGCAAGUUCGAACUACCCGCGUUCUCCAUCUUUUUAGGUGCGCAAGGCAUUUUUAUGGUUGCUCCGUUCUUUCGUAGUUGGGGUUAUCCUGGGGUUUUCCUUAGCAAAAUGGCUAAUAGCGAAUCGUUCGAGUGCAUUAGUCCGGUAAAAAACAAGCAGAAUCCCCUGCCAAAACACCACAUUUAUUGACGUGCAUGGAUUCAUGCCAUUGGAAGGACAUUUCUUCCAAAAGAUUUACGUGUGCGUUCGGAGCAUUUCGAGGACCAUUGCCUCCAUAGAUCAUACUUAAUUUGAGUACGGAUAGCUUUGUUAACAGGAGAAUGAUUGGAUACCCAUUUGAUAACGAGGUUAGAGGAUAAUUUUAAGCACCCAAUAUCUUGUAUUUGAUACAUUUAUAACUAUAUAGUUAUAUAGUUAAGGAAAUUUGUCAUCGCACGAAGAUGAUACCCCUCUAGUUGAUAAAAAUUUCUUUUAGCCGCAACCAAUAUUUUAGGAGGAAUAGGUACAUCGUAAUCGUCUUUAGGAGUUUACUGAGCCCGACUACAAUUUAACCCUUUACACCCUUAAAAAUCAGUUUGCAUUUUCUCCACACCAUUUUCCAUGAAUUUUUUUGGAACCAACAAGGAGAAUUUGUUUAACAAUCAAGAGUUUCUUUAGAUGGUCGUUCCCUUUAUUCUCGUGACCUUUAUGUUUGAUUCAGGAGUGAUGCUGUCAGAAGAAACUAGAUGCCAGUCAUUAAUAGGCGUUUAAGGGUUAACUUACAGUCUCUC